GUGAUUGGUAUUACCCUCAUUCAUGUUUUUACUUCCAUUCUUCUUCUUUGUUGUCAUUUAUGCCCUCGGUUCAGUUUGUUGUUUUUUGUUUUCGCCGGCAUACGGAAGUUAAAUAUUGGCCGAUAUUCCUCACGAUUAUUGAUCUGUUGAAAUGUAUUCUUUACUACAUAGGAAAGAAAAUGCCCAUGAUGACAGCAUUUGGACGGUUGCUUGGGGUAAAGUGACCAGGAAGGAGCAGGAAAAGGAGAAUGGUGAAAAUCAUGACGAAAACUCCAGAGACUCCAUUCAUCGUGAUCCUCCUGGUGAAUUCAUUGUGACUGGGAGCGUUGAUGAUUUAGUGAAGGUAUGGAGAUUUCACAAUGAUCGCUUAGAACUGGAACACAGAUUGGAAGGGCAUGCCCUUGGAGUAGUAUCUGUAGCCAUUAGCUCUGAUGGGAAUAUGUGUGCAUCAACAUCAUUAGAUUCAACUUUGCGUCUUUGGGAUCUUGUCUCUGGUGAAAAAAUUGGUUCCAUGGAUGUUGGAUCUGUAGAUAUUUGGACCUGCGCCUUCUCUCCCGAUGACAAGUUUGUUAUUUCUGGAAACCAUGCUGGUAAAAUUAAUAUGUAUGGUGUUGAGUCAAAAAAACAAGAACAGGUUCUAGACACAAGAGGAAAGUUUGCACUGAGCAUUGCUUAUAGCCCUGAUGGCAAGUAUAUUGCUAGUGGUGCUAUUGAUGGUAUGAUUGAUAUUUUUGAUGUUGCGUCGGGGAAGUUGGUGCAUGCCUUGGAAGGUCAUGCUAUGCCUAUUCGGUCACUCUGUUUCUCACCAGACUCUCAACUCCUAUUAACUGCUUCUGAUGAUGGUCAUAUGAAAUUGUAUGAUGUGCAACAUGCCAAUGCUGUCGGCACACUCUCUGGACAUGCUUCAUGGGUACUCAGUGUUGCCUUUAGCCAGGAUAAGAAUCACUUUGUAUCAAGUUCCUCUGAUAACACAGUAAAGGUGUGGGAAUUGAAAGAGCGCCAGUGCAUAAGCACACUCUCUGUUCAUACUGAUCAGGUUUGGGGUGUGAAAUACAAUCCUGAAGGAAACAAAAUUGUUUCUUGCUCUGCAGACAAGUCUAUAAACAUCUAUGACUGCCCUACAUAGUAAUGUUUUAAGGGGAAAAUAAUUCAAACCUGUGAUUUAAUUUGUUUUAAUUUUCCUACCUGUUGUGUAUGACUGUAUGCACAAUUUCAAAAUUUGUUAGAUCAAUUCUCAGCUUUUUUUUUUUGUUAUUGCCUGCAGAUGGAAAAAAAAUGGUAUCUGCAAAGACUCUGACCUCUCCCUAUUUAUUGUAUAUAAUGCUGUAUAAUGAUACAUCGGGAAAUAAAUCAGAAAAAUUUUA